GUCCCACACCAGCACUUUCUUGUAGCGAGAAAAACCGCCUGGAAACCCACCACUGGCUUACAAAAGCCCGGUAUUUUUUGGUGAGGCUAUCAUGUCGGAGCAAGCGCAACUCUCUGGGAUAUCUCAAUCAGACCCUCAGCCAGGGCUUCAAACGGAUUCUCAGGCGGAGCCCCAGGUUAGCCCUGUUGAUCCUGUCGACCCUCGACUCGACCCUCGCUUGGCGGCCCUUCAACCCGAACCCGAACCCCAGUCGCAGCCGCAGCAGGAGCCUGGGGAUGAGCUGGCCCAGUUCCCAAAAAAGAGGCGUGGUCGGCCUCCAGGCAGACCCAACACUACCGUCCGAGAAUCCGACUAUCAAUCUAACCCAAGUGUUCAAUUAUGGAACGCGGCAAAGGUCGAUCGUCCUGUCGCCGCUGUCGCGAUCAAUAUCCGGCAAGCUCUCACUGAGGCUACCCUGGUCCAUGAUACCCAGCGCGCCAUCUUCAGGCUGCCCUGUCGGGAAUUCAUCUACUUCGUCCAUGGAUGGAUCACUGCCAGGCAUGUUGCCUCACAGCGGCCGAGUUACAUCAAUGGCCUCCUCAUCCACUCGAGGGGGGAGGACAGCCCUUCUUCGUGUGCUCAGUGCGUCGAGCGACGGGCGAAGAACGCCUUAGGCCCCUUUCUGACGUGCCGAACCCUAGCUGGGACUUUCCACGAUAGUUGUUCCAAUUGCAAGUGGUUUGACAACACUUCUGUAUGCUCUCUAUACACCGGCCCUAGGCCCAAUCGCAAGAGGAAACCGAGGGAGAGCGAUGCCUUGGAUGCCACCGCCACCUCCAACUCAACCGUCAACUCGAGCACCAACAUCAACGCCGACGCCGACGCCGGGGCCUACCCUGACAAUAUCAUGGACGCCAGCAUGGCCGCCAACGUAGACACCGAUGGUCAUCAAACGAACGGCCAGUAAGGCGCCCUCCCCCUCGGCUUUUUUUUCGGUUUAUGGUCCAAUGCUAAUCGACUCAGACCUAAUGAAAAUGCAAUCGAUG